UUUGAAUUUAAGCAAAAUGUAAGCUUGCAUAAUUGCAAGUGAACACUACAUUGGUGCAAUCGUCGUUACAAUUGCAUAUUCAAUAAUGAAUACCAUGUAUAAUUUGCAAUUGACCAAGUAUUAUUCGACCUAGAUACUAGGGCUGGCUAUUUGGUCCGGGCUAUUUGGGUUUACCCGAAACCGGAGAGUAUAAUCCGCACAGAGACCAGACCGGACCCGGAUAGCAAACAAUCCAAUCUAAUCUUCGGGCUUAGAUUUGAGGUAAAAAACCAUUUGGGACCAGAUCGGAAACCAGGUAAAGACCGAAUAAGAGAGCCCAACACCAAAAAUUUAACCAACUCAUCACCCUUUGAGUCCUCAGUCCACUCAAAUCCCCACAAGCUCAAUCUAAAAUCAAGACCAAAUUGGGACCGGACCAGGUCAAGACCGAACUGUAUCCAAUUCAAUCUUUGGUCCUUAUAUUGGGACCAGAUCAAUUCAUGCCAAUUUAACCGGAUCGGACCGUAUAGCCACUUCUACUGUAUACGCAGUAAAGUCUAAAUAAAACAAAAGGGACAAAAAGAUUUAGUUUGUUAAAAUUUUUUUUUUUGGUUAACGAUUCUGUUGGUGCAAAACGCAACAGCUUUUGCCUUUGGAUCUGAUAAAUCCGUUAUUUAAAUUUUACUGUUAAUCAUUAAUUAAUUAAUCUCUUAAUUCGCUGCUUAUUAUUCUCUCUCUCUCCCCCCUGCUGUGUGUUUUCUUUAACACCGAGGAGGGCCAAGAUAGCCUGCAACAAGCAACAACAAAAAAGCGCUCUCUUUCUCUCUCCCUUCACUUGGUUCAUCUCUGCGAUUUCUCCAUCCCUCCACUCUCUCCAACUAACUACCUCUCCAAAACUGGUAACUUUCUUCCUUUCCCUGAAAAACCCUAGUUCCCAUUUCCUCCCAUUCUCCCAGUCAUUCUGAUUCUGUCGUCGUGUCUCUUUCAUUCACAAAUGCCGGAAGGCUGAAGCUCUUUUUUCAUCCUGUUUCUGGUUUUGGGUGAUCGUAGUUUUGUUCGUUCGUUGUGCCCAUCCGGAUUUUCUGCUUAGUGAUCGGUAUUUGAUCCGAUCUUGCUUGGGUUUCUUCUUCUUUACCUCUCUCGAGAUCUAUACUGAAGCUAAGAAUGGAAAGUUUGAUUGCAUUUCUUUGGCAGAAUUUGAUUGGAUAGUUAUUAUGGGUGGAUAGAAAAAGCGGGGUAGAGGUUUUUUUGGAUUGCUUCAUUUAAUUGCCUUUCUUUCUGUUUGAUUUCAGGGUUUUCUUUUGGGGUUGAAAAACGGCCCAAAGAAAAACCAAAAAUGGCCGUUAGUCACUGCCACUUAUGCGGAGAAUUUGGUUGUUUUUAUUCUGUUUUUGACCUUUCUUCUGCUCCGCAGGUUGAUCUGAAUUUGGUUAAGUCGCGGGGCGCGUUGAUGGACAUCUGUUGUUGAUUCUGGUUCCAAUUCUUCAUAUUGAUCAAGGAGCUUGUUUUGGCAUUUAGUGUCGGGAAUUGGAUUUAAAUCCAAUUCAAUUUUCUCUCAGUUGUUGUGGAAGCUUACAGUGGAAAUCUGAAGAUCCUAAAUCGAGUGGCUUGCUGCCUCUCUGGUAACUGUGGACUCUGCUUCUCCCUUUCAUGCUUGCUGGGAUAGUUCGUGCUCAUGGUGACAUAUACACAAGCUUGUAUGUAAUAAUUCGUGACGGUUUUCCCUGCUCUUGGAGUUUCGGGUCAUGAUUGGAUCCUUGGUUGAUUGCGGAGGUUUGAUUCGUUCAACAAUUCGGACAUGAGAAGCCCUUGGCUCAAUAAACUAUCUGUUACUUUAGGCCCUAGACCACCGGCUAGUUGGUUGUUGUUGUGCCUUGUAUGUGUCCUUGCAGUGAUCGCCAUCUUAGGAUCGACGUCUUCCAUUGCAUUUGAUUCCGUAACAAUUACCCCAGUUCCGAACAUUUAUUCGAACUACAGAAGGUUGAAGGAGCAGGCGGCAGUUGAUUAUUUGGAGCUUAGAUCGUUCUCAGUUUCUGCAACUAGGCAGCAAGUGCUUGGUCUUUGUGGCAAAGAAAGAGAACAUUUUGUGCCUUGUUACAAUGUCACUUCAAAUACAUUGGCUGGGUUUAAGGAUGGUGAAGAGUUCGAUAGGCAUUGCGAAAUGUUUAGGCCGAGAGAGCGUUGUUUGGUUCGGCCUCCAAAAGAUUACAAGAUUCCACUAAGAUGGCCGGCUGGGAGGGAUGUUAUAUGGAGCGGAAAUGUGAGGCUAAGCAGGGACCAGUUUCUUUCUUCCGGAAGCAUGACAAAGAGGUUGAUGCUGCUGGAAGAGAAUCAAAUUGCUUUUCACUCUGAGGAUGGAUUGAUCUUUGAUGGAGUGAAAGACUACUCACGCCAGGUUGCCGAAAUGAUAGGUUUAGGAAGUGAUGCUGAGUUUCAUCAAGCUGGUGUACGAACUGUACUGGACAUUGGUUGUGGAUUUGGAAGCUUAGGAGCUCAUCUAGUGUCGCGCAAGGUAAUGCCAAUCUGCAUUGCUGCUUAUGAGGCCACUGGCAGCCAAGUUCAACUAGCACUUGAGAGAGGCCUACCAGCCAUGAUUGGAAAUUUUAUCUCACGACAACUUCCAUAUCCUUCACUGUCGUUUGACAUGGUUCACUGUACUCAGUGUAGUAUUAUCUGGGACGAUAAAGAUGGUAUGUUCCUUAUUGAAAUGGACCGGAUUCUCAAGCCAGGGGGUUACUUUGUUUUAACAUCUCCGGCAAGUAAACCAUCUGGAAGUUCAUCUAGAACAAAGAAAAGAAGCAUGGUGGCGCCAAUUGAAGAAUUCACUGAAAAGAUAUGUUGGAGUCUCAUGGCUCAGCAGGACGAGACUUUCAUCUGGCAGAAAACUGCUGAUGUCAAUUGCUAUAAAUCUCGUAAGUCGGCCUCUCCUCCAAUUUGCAAUGAAGGGAAUGAUAUUCCUCCAUAUUACCAGCCGCUGAUGUCAUGUAUUAGCGGAACCACUAGUCAGCGUUGGAUUCCAAUUCAAAACAGGUCAACCGAGCAGUUAAGCUCAUACGAGCUUCAAGUUCAUGGAGUUCAACAAGAUGAUUUCUCUGAGGACUCCCAGGUGUGGCGAUCGGCUCUUAGAAACUAUUGGUCAUUGCUAACACCGUUAAUUUUCUCCGACCAUCCAAAGAGGCCAGGUGAUGAAGAUCCCUUACCUCCAUUCAACAUGCUAAGAAAUGUUAUGGACAUGAAUGCUCAUUAUGGUGGCUUAAAUGCUGCCUUUCUGGACGAGAAGAAAUCGGUUUGGGUGAUGAAUGUGGUUCCUGUUAGGGCCCGUAAUACUCUUCCCCUCAUUAUCAAUCGAGGUUUCGCUGGUGUUCUACAUGAUUGGUGCGAGCCCUUCCCGACUUAUCCUCGAACAUAUGACUUUCUUCAUGGAUAUGCACUGCUCUCACAUCUUAGUUCAGAAAGAUGUGGUAUGAUGGACGUACUAGUGGAGAUGGAUCGAAUUCUAAGACCCGAGGGAUGGGUUGUUCUAUCAGAUAGUGUGGCUGCCAUCGACAUGGCUCGAGCACUGGCUGCACAGAUACAUUGGGAAGCAAGGGUGGUGGAUCCUCAGAAUGGUAGCGACCAGAGGAUACUGGUUUGCCAAAAGCCAUUUGUCAAGAAAUGAUUCUUCAAGCUUUUCAGUAUUAUUGGAAUCCUUCAUCCUAUUAACUGUACAAUCUUUGUUUUUCCCUGGUAAACUUUUACCUCUCAUCUCUUUGAAACUCAGCUAGCUCUCUGUUAACUCAACUUAUGGCCAUGAAUUUGGGAUUGGCAACACGAACUUCUUACAACACUGUCUUGGGUCUUGAGAGCAGGCAAUUAGCACUGGGAAACUAGUGAGAAUUGGAAGAGGCUGUAGAUUAGCAAGAAGCCUUUAUAUUGCUGGCUGCAGAGAAAGUGAGCUCCAAAGAGCAAAAGCGAAUCAGAUUUUUUUGUUUUGUUUCUUUUUACCAAUUAUUUUGGGUUCAAAGCAUUUGUAGCAUUUAUUCAUCGAUUUUGUUUUGGUUCCCUCUUUUCUUUUUUUUUGGCUAAUUCUUUUGAGUGUCGAUGAUCUCUUUUUUUUUUUUUAAAUUUUCUUUCAAACAAUGAGAAAUUCAAGGAAGAAUUUUUCAUAUCUUUGAUAAUGUACUGAGACGGGAACAGCAGUAAAGUGAAGUUAAGGAA